GGGAGGCGGGGCGGGAGGCGGGGUCGGGUUCCCUGGAGGAGUUUCCGCCCCUCCCCGGCCCCCGCCGGCAGCCGCUGGGGGGGUCACGGUGGGGUGAGGGAGAGGAGCGAGAAGGAAUGCCCUAGGACUGAUCUCCAGGACCAGCACUCUUCUCCCAGCCCUUAGGGUCCUGCUCGGCCAAGGCCUUCCCUGCCAUGCGACCUGUCAGUGUCUGGCAGUGGAGCCCCUGGGGGCUGCUGCUGUGCCUGCUGUGCAGUUCGUGCUUGGGGUCUCCGUCCCCUUCCACGGGCCCUGAGAAGAAGGCCGGGAGCCAGGGGCUUCGGUUCCGGCUGGCUGGCUUCCCCAGGAAGCCCUACGAGGGCCGCGUGGAGAUACAGCGAGCUGGUGAAUGGGGCACCAUCUGCGAUGAUGACUUCACGCUGCAGGCUGCCCACGUCCUCUGCCGGGAGCUGGGCUUCACAGAGGCCACAGGCUGGACCCACAGUGCCAAAUAUGGCCCUGGAACAGGCCGCAUCUGGCUGGACAACUUGAGCUGCAGUGGGACCGAGCAGAGUGUGACUGAAUGUGCCUCCCGGGGCUGGGGGAACAGUGACUGUACGCACGAUGAGGAUGCUGGGGUCAUCUGCAAAGACCAGCGCCUCCCUGGCUUCUCGGACUCCAAUGUCAUUGAGGUAGAGCAUCACCUGCAAGUGGAGGAGGUGCGAAUUCGACCCGCCGUUGGGUGGGGCAGACGACCCCUGCCCGUGACGGAGGGGCUGGUGGAAGUCAGGCUUCCUGACGGCUGGUCGCAAGUGUGCGACAAAGGCUGGAGCGCCCACAACAGCCACGUGGUCUGCGGGAUGCUGGGCUUCCCCAGCGAAAAGAGGGUCAACGCGGCCUUCUACAGGCUGCUAGCCCAACGGCAGCAACACUCCUUUGGUCUGCAUGGGGUGGCGUGCGUGGGCACGGAGGCCCACCUCUCCCUCUGUUCCCUGGAGUUCUAUCGUGCCAAUGACACCGCCAGGUGCCCUGGGGGGGCCCCUGCGGUGGUGAGCUGUGUGCCAGGCCCUCUCUACGCGGCGUCCAGUGGCCAGAAGAAGCAACAACAGUCGAAGCCUCAGGGGGAGGCCCGUGUCCGUCUAAAGGGCGGCGCCCACCCUGGAGAGGGCCGGGUAGAAGUCCUGAAGGCCAGCACAUGGGGCACAGUCUGUGACCGCAAGUGGGACCUGCAUGCAGCCAGCGUGGUGUGUCGGGAGCUGGGCUUCGGGAGUGCCCAAGCAGCUCUGAGUGGCGCUCGCAUGGGGCAGGGCAUGGGUGCUAUCCACCUGAGUGAAGUUCGCUGCUCUGGACAGGAGCUCUCCCUCUGGAAGUGCCCCCACAAGAACAUCACAGCUGAGGAUUGUUCACAUAGCCAGGAUGCCGGGGUCCGGUGCAACCUACCUUACACUGGGGCAGAGACCAGGAUCCGACUCAGUGGGGGCCGCAGCCAACAUGAGGGGCGAGUCGAGGUGCAAAUAGGGGGACCUGGGCCCCUUCGCUGGGGCCUCAUCUGUGGGGAUGACUGGGGGACCCUGGAGGCCAUGGUGGCCUGUAGGCAACUGGGUCUGGGCUACGCCAACCACGGCCUGCAGGAGACCUGGUACUGGGACUCUGGGAAUAUAACAGAGGUGGUGAUGAGUGGAGUGCGCUGCACAGGGACUGAGCUGUCCCUGGAUCAGUGUGCCCAUCAUGGCACCCACAUCACCUGCAAGAGGACAGGGACCCGCUUCACUGCUGGAGUCAUCUGUUCUGAGACUGCAUCAGAUCUGUUGCUGCACUCAGCACUGGUGCAGGAGACCGCCUACAUCGAAGACCGGCCCCUGCAUAUGUUGUACUGUGCUGCGGAAGAGAACUGCCUGGCCAGCUCAGCCCGCUCAGCCAACUGGCCCUAUGGUCACCGGCGUCUACUCCGAUUCUCCUCCCAGAUCCACAACCUGGGACGAGCUGACUUCAGGCCCAAGGCUGGGCGCCACUCCUGGGUGUGGCACGAGUGCCAUGGGCAUUACCACAGCAUGGACAUCUUCACUCACUAUGAUAUCCUCACCCCAAAUGGCACCAAGGUGGCUGAGGGCCACAAAGCUAGUUUCUGUCUCGAAGACACUGAGUGUCAGGAGGAUGUCUCCAAGAGGUAUGAGUGUGCCAACUUUGGAGAGCAAGGCAUCACUGUGGGUUGCUGGGAUCUCUACCGGCAUGACAUUGACUGUCAGUGGAUUGACAUCACGGAUGUGAAGCCAGGAAACUACAUUCUCCAGGUUGUCAUCAACCCAAACUUUGAAGUAGCAGAGAGUGACUUUACCAACAAUGCAAUGAAAUGUAACUGCAAAUAUGAUGGACAUAGAAUCUGGGUGCACAACUGCCACAUUGGUGAUGCCUUCAGUGAAGAGGCCAACAGGAGGUUUGAACGCUACCCUGGCCAGACCAGCAACCAGAUUAUCUAAGUGCCACUGCCCUCUGCAAACCACCACUGGCCCUAAUGGCAGGGGUCUGAGGCUGCCAUUACCUCAGGAGCUUACCAAGAAACCCAUGUCAGCAACCGCACUCAUCAGACCAUGCACUAUGGAUGUGGAACUGUCAAGCAGAAGUUUUCACCCUCCUUCAGAGGCCAGCUGUCAGUAUCUGUAGCCAAGCAUGGGAAUCUUUGCUCCCAGGCCCAGCACCGAGCAGAACAGACCAGAGCCCACCACACCACAAAGAGCAGCACCUGACUAACUGCCCACAAAAGAUGGCAGCAGCUCAUUUUCUUUAAUAGGAGGUCAGGAUGGUCAGCUCCAGUAUCUCCCCUAAGUUUAGGGGGAUACAGCUUUACCUCUAGCCUUUUGGUGGGGGAAAAGAUCCAGCCCUCCCACCUCAUUUUUUACUAUAAUAUGUUGCUAGGUAUAAUUUUAUUUUAUAUAAAAAGUGUUUCUGUGA